GUGAGCGCCGGAAGUGACCCGCCGGGAGUGCGGCAACUAGAGCACCGCCACUUUGACGGCGUCUCCCAGCGGCCCGGAGUCGCCCACCACACAGACCAGGCCUCUAACCUCUCCCUGGGAGCCUGCGUGCCAGCAGCCUGGAACCCAGAGCCUCUCGCGGAGCCUGCACAGCCCAUCCCGCCUGAAGCCGAGGUCUGCUAGAGACACGCAAGUGCAACCCCGCCCGCCCGGGGCGCCAUGGACUUUUGAGAGAGGCCCCGAAUGCCCCCCGCGGCCGCCUGGGCACCGCUGGGACUCAUUUCUCUGGGCAAAACUGCCAUGCUUCACAUCCCCGUUAUCCUUGGUUACCGCCCAAGAUUGACCUGUAGAAGAGAUGAAAUGUGGCCUGAGGGACGCUAUGACUAUGAGAGACUUCCAAGAGAUCGUGCACCUCCUCGAAGUCACCCCAGUGAUGGCUGUCAUAGAGUAGUCAAUAUUGUGCCAAAGAAGCCACCACUGCUAGAGAGACCUGGUGAAGGAAGCUACAAUAGAUAUUAUAAUCAUGGUGAUUACCAGGAAUAUGACGAGGGCCGCAGUUUUUCUCAUGAUCGAAGAAGUGGUCCACCUCACAGAGGAGAUGAAUCUGGCUAUAGGUGGGCAAGAGAUGAUCAUUCUGCAAGCCGCCAGCCUGACUAUAGGACCAUGAGAGACAGCUUUAGAAGAAAAAGUGGCUACUCUUCCCACUAUGCAAGAGACCGUUCUCCCCAUAAAAGAGACACUGCCUUUUUCAGAGAAUCACCUGUAGGCCGAAAGGAUUCGCCACACAGCAGAUCUGGCUCCAGUGUUAGUAGCAGAAGCUACUCACCAGAAAGAAGCAAAACAUACUCUUUUCACCAGUCUCAACACAGAAAAUCCACGGGUGUUGGUGCCUCCUACAAACGGCAGAAAGAAGGAAAGCCAGAACGAGGUAAAGAGAGACCGGUUCAGUCUCUGAAAACAUCAAGAGACACUUCACCCUCAAGUUCUUCAGCAGUUUCUUCAUCAAAGGUGCUAGAUAAAUCCAGCAGGCUGACUGAAAAGGAGCUUGCUGAGGCUGCGAGCAAAUGGGCUACUGAAAAACUUGAAAAAGCCGAUGAUGGUAACCUUCCUGAAAUUUCUGAGUACGAGGCCGGAUCCACAGCGCCAUUGUUCAUCGACCAACCAGAAGAACCCGAAUCAAAUGCAGCAGAUGGCAUAGAAUUAUUUGAAGACAUUCAGUUAACCAGCCGCUCUAAAGCAAUAGCAUCAAAAACCAAAGAGAUUGAACAGGUUUAUCGACAAGACUGUGAAACUUUCGGGAUGGUUGUUAAAAUGCUGAUUGAAAAAGAUCCUUCCUUAGAAAAGUCUAUACAAUUUGCAUUGAGACAGAAUUUACAUGAAAUAGGUGAGCGGUGUGUAGAAGAACUCAAGCAUUUUAUUGCAGACUAUGACACCUCUAGUCAAGAUUUUGGAGAACCUUUUUAAAUUAUUUGCUCAGGCAAAAGAAAAUGUUUCUAGAUUUUUUUCCCCCUUCUUGGAUUGUGUAAAUUCUUAAUAUAUAAAUUUUUGUGAUGAAGAAAAUACUUUGAUAGCUGUCCACAUUUCCAGUAUCAAAUAAACAUCUAAAAUAGUCUAAGAUAUUUUAAUUAGAUAUUUUUUAUCUACAUGUAGAGCCUCCUAAUCCAUACUUAACUUCCCUUUACUCCUAAAAUGAUGAUGGGUCAAUUAAUUUUUCAGGGUUGAAAACUUAGUCCUGAAAACCAGCUUUGUGUACUCAUGUUUCUGUAGUCUUCCAUAGUAUGAGGUCAUUUGUUUGGUCACAUUGAUGUAAUUUAUAGGUUAGAGAGCAUUCCAUUCAUCAUCUGCAAUGCUUUUGCCAUUACAUAGUCAGUGGUACCAUGUGGAACUGUUAGAAUUCACAAAAUUGUGAUAUUUUUUCCUUGCUUAAUCUUGGGUUUUUGUCACUUCUAACAUAAGUAAGCGUUCUUUCCAAAUAAACUAAAUACUUUGGUGUCUCAGAGGUACUUGCUUUGAGAAUGAUUCUUGCUAUGAUAAAAUUGAGCACUUAAAUCUCUAGGAGGCACCUGUAAUCCAAGGAAAUCAACUUAAUUUCUUCUGUUAAAGAUAAUCUUAAAACUCCUGACUACUCACUGACAUGGGAGUCCUAAGUAACAUCAUAUAUGUGGCUAAGAGAAGGAAAGGAGGUUGUUUUAAAGUUGAGAUUUCUUUCCUUUGAAUUGAUUUAGGAAAAUUUGAAGUGUGAGGGAAUUGUGACAUUUCAUAUUUUCCCCAUCUCAAGAAAGAAGGUGAUUAUUCACAUAAAGAUUAAACUCUUUGCAGAUUAUGCCUUCGCUAAUCUCUAUUUGUAGUCUAGCAAAUUCUCUGUUCUGCUUCACUUGUAAGAGGUUCUUAACCUCUCAAAAGUGUUCUUAAGAAAAAUUAAGCUGUCAAGCCAGCACCACUACCCUUCAGCAGACAAAUUGUGUAAACAGGUCAAAUCACGAGUUAGUGAAAAACUUAGCUGAGACAAUUAGGAUAUUCUACUCGUUUCCUGACCAAUUCCAACAGCCCAGUGGCAUUUAUCCAAAAUUCUGAAACUUUAAAAAUCAUGUUUGUUAUUAUUGCCCAAUUCUUUAUCCUCCCAUCCUUUUUCCAUUUCUACUUUCUUCUCACUUAUAUUGUGGCAUUGUUUUGGUGACCUGUACUGACACAAUCUAAAGAGCUACCCCAGAGCAGAUGCAAUAUAUUAAAAAGAAAAAUAGCAAUAUAAGUAAUUUUAGUAGAUCCUAUAAUGGCUGCCUCAGAAUAUAUAUACACUUACAGUCCACAAAUUUAAAAUCUAAUUGAAGACAGCAGUUACUUUCUUAAGUUUCCUGUAUAAGACCACUCUGUAUCUGUACCUUUGUAACAAUACAGACACUAAAACUAAGCCCAUCUUGUCAUCUCUGAUAUUCUUCUCUAAUGUUAGUAGUGGCUUUGCUACCCACUUUAGAAAGAAUAGAAGAGCACUGCUUGUAUUUUCUCCCUACCCCUGUGUUUUUCUUCACCUUAAAUUAUUUCUGGGAUUCAGUUCCACUAGUCAGAAUGUUCACAUGUUUAAAAAUAAAAUUUCAUGAACUACCAUUGCUGCAAAGGAGUUGUUCACUUUGUUGAAAUUUAUUAAACCAGAGAAGUUUUACUCACAGAUGCAUUUUAAAUAUAAUCUUAACAAGUAAUUUCUUAUCUCCCAAAUUAUAUUCAACAUUGAAAGUUGUUUAUAGCUUACCAACGGGCUUAUUCUGGUAGGCUUGUCAGUGUUAAAUCUAUUUGCUUAAGGUUUUUUUUGUUUGUCUACUUUUAGGGUAGAUGAACCUCAGAUAUGUAUCAGAGUGUCUAUUUUAUAAAAAUGUUUAAAGAUGUUUGUAAAUUACCCGUUGUUGUUGUUGUUGUUGUUUUACUAUGUCCAGUUGAUGUGAUGAAAUGUUCAUUGUCUCACCAUAAAAUCUUGGUCAACAGAGGGAAGUAGACAUUGUGAAGCUAUUAAUUUCCAAGUGUAAAAUAAAGCAACCAGAUUUAAAUAA